GUGACGGUAUGCUGUACCGCGAGGACUCGGUAUGGUAAUGUAGAUGUUCCAUAUGAACUGUAGCAGCCGAACAAGAACUUGAUGGCCAUAACAUGUCAUUUCCAUAACAAAGCCGUAGAUAACCCAUUGUUUUUCCGCAGUUGCUUUGAGCUUUCAUGGUUACAAUCGUUGAAGGACAGCUCCCAAGGCGCCCGAGAACGGGUCCUAAGACAGGGAAAAAAACGAGGGACGGUCGAAAGCAGGGAGAGACGAAGAAGACAUGGGGGCCAUCACACCGAUGCAUCCCACAUUUAGACUAUCCGGCACAGGAUUCCGAGCGAAGUGCAGGUCAUGCAGCUGGGAUUGGAGUCAUUGGAGUCAACUGGCGGGGGUGCCUUGGGGGGGGCAGUCCAGGGUGGGACAGGAUAGGACAGGAUGGGUUGCAGAGGGACGGACAAACAGGACAUGGUGGACCAGGAGGAGGAAGAAUAGCGAGGGAUGAAUGGAUGGUUAGAAAGGACGGGAGUGAGGGAGGAUGCAGGAGAGGAGAGGAGGAAGAGGAGGAGAUGGCCCGUCUCCGAGAAGAAGAAAAUAUGAUUACUCGUCGUUCUCUUGAAUCUUGCGUGUCUUCUCGUGCCUACUCAGGUAAGCGGAUGUGAUUUAAAAGCGUAGGCGCAUCCCGCAGCUGCUGUCACCCGCCUUGAACGCAUGCCUACCUAGGCAAUCAGUAUACACACCUGCAUUUGACUUUGAUUAUUCUUUUGGUCGAAACAUUGUCAAGC